AUGACCACGGAACCCUUUGUGCUUAGGUGGGGCAUCAUGGCCACAGGGGCCAUGUCGGAGUACUUUUGUAAAGACCUCCUGACGAAUCCGGCAUGCCGCGGUGUGAGCGACGUCGCUCACAAGAUCACGACAGUCUCGUCUUCCAACGAUCCACAGAGAGCCGAAGCCUUCCUCACCCGCAUCGAUCAUCCUCGGCCAUCCGAGGUCACAACCUACGGCUCCUACGUGGAAUUGGUACGAGACCCAAACAUCGACAUCGUUUACAUCGCCACACCGCACAGCCAUCACUUCCAAAAUGCCAUGCUGGCGCUCCACGCGGGCCGGAACGUUCUAUGCGAAAAGGCUCUCACGGUCACUGCUGAGCAGACACGAGUACUUGUUGACACUGCCCGCAGGAAGAAGCUGUUCUUCAUGGAGGGAGUUUGGACGAGAUUCUUUCCAUUAAGUGUGAAGAUACGAAAGUUGGUUAGCAGUGGCGCUAUCGGUCGUGUUUAUCGCGUUACUGCGGACCUCUCGCGGGCGAACAGUAGUCCCGAGCCUGGAAGUACGAAGCUUAACUACGAAGACUCUCAUCGCAUGGUUAAUCCAGACCUGGCCGGAGGUGUUCUACUUGGACUAGGCAUCUACUCGUUGACAUGGGUCUUCCAGAUUCUAUAUCAUUUACAGCCUGAAGGUGAGAAGGAACGGCCCCAGGUUCUCUCGGCCGUGCAGAAGUACCACACUGGGAUCGACGAAUCAGCUACUAUCCUCCUCAACUUUGCAAGCCAUGGAACUGUCGGCAUAGCUACCUCAUCUCUUCGUGUGGCAACCGACCCGGGCGAGGUCGGGAACCCUGCGAUCCGCAUUCAAGGUUCGGCUGGAGAGAUCCAGGUGGAGCAUCCUGCCUACAAGCCGCUUUCUUUCAAGGUCAUCAAGUCUGGAGCUGAGGGUUCAGCUACUGAGGUUGUUGAGUGCCCUCAGCCGCAGGAUGAAGAGCGGAACUGGGGCAACGGGACGUUCUGGGAGGCGGAUGAGUGCGCGCGUUGCAUCAGAGACGGAAAGCUGGAGAGCAGUACUAUGCCUUGGGAGGAGAGUUUACUCGUUAUGGAGACGAUGGAGCAAGUACUGAGAGCAGCGGGUGUUACCUACCCUGAUCUCAUUGCCAGCCAUGACUUUGACUCAUCGAGUUCCCUGAACACGGGAAAGUAA